AUGACGAUUUGGUACUUGGAGAACUUGAGGCUGAAGAAGGCACUAGAAUGGACAUCUCAGUUUCUGUGCCACAAAGUGAUACAUGUUCAACGCCUGAAAAAGGACAGGUCGUCUUUUUUUUUUUUCAAUUUGAACUGUUUAUUCAUAUGCCUAUCUAUUUUUGGGUUUGUAGAACCUCAUCCUUUAGUUGGAACUUCUUCUAUCUCUGCUGCACAUGAAAACCAGAAGGAACCUCACCUUUCAGUUGAAACUUCUUUUAUCUCUACUGCACAUGAAAACCAGAAGGAACCUCAUCCAACAGUCGGAAUUUCUUCCAUCUCUGUGCCAUAUAAUGAUACAUGUUCAACGGUUGAAAAGGGAAUAGGCAAUAAGUCAUUGGAUUUGCUUCCUGCUCAUGAUCGUAGUCCGAUUCCUAUAGGCGGUGUACAUUCAACACAAGGUGCUGAUGAUAUAUAUGUUAAUAAAUAUUUCAUGAACAAGGCUGAGUUAAUGCAGAAGAUGAGGACAUGGGAGUUGGAGUAUAAGUUUGAGUUUAGGUAUCGAUGGUCUAAUAAAGAGAGAGUGGUUUUGGUAUCUGUAGAUGAUAAAUGUACUUGGAGGAUGCGUGCAAUAAGGGUAGACUCUUGUGAUUUCUUUGUGGUGAAAAGUAUUGUCAUGAGCACACAUGUGACACUACACACAGAAAUGAAAAUCAUAGGCAAGCUACUGCGAAGUUAUAAAAUCUCUUUUUAUGUCAUGAUGUGUUUCGUGUUUCAUAGAAAUAUAAACGUUCGUUUGUAUAAGAUCUUAUAAUUAGAAGCUUGGCUCACUGGUUACAUGUUCUAUUACAAAAACAAUAGGUCCCGGUUUUGAAUCUUGGUG